AAAUCUUUCACGUCUCAGAUCGCAUGUGCUGUGAAUUUUAUAUUUUACAUUUUUCUUCUAGAUUUUUUGGUUAAUUCCUUUAAUUUAUUUGCUUCCCAAAUUGAGAACUCUUCAUUGAAAUGGCAGACGAUAGUAAUAUCAAAGAGAAGCAAAAACCCCAUAAGAAACGACUGGCAGGAGUGAAAGCCGAUAAGAAAAAGGCAAAAAAUAAACCGACAGAUAAGGGGAAAAAUGUGAAGGCAUUCGCUAUUACAAAAGCCCGUAGUGCGGAGAAACGUUUCCGCAGAAAAGAGGAUGUUUUAACAAAGAAGCAUCACAUUCCCUUGGUGGAUAAAACACCGGAAGAACCUCCGCCAGUUCUGAUAGCCGUGGUCGGUCCUCCCAAGGUCGGGAAGUCUACGCUGAUUAACAAUUUGAUCAAAAAUUUCACCCGGACGAACGUAACCAACAUCAAUGGGCCGAUCACGAUCAUUACCUCGAAGAAGCGGAGGAUCACAUUGAUCGAAUGCAACAAUGAUAUCAAUAGUAUGAUCGACAUUGCGAAAUGUGCCGAUUUGGUUCUGCUGAUGGUGGAUGCCAGUUUCGGGUUCGAGAUGGAGAUUUUCGAGUUUUUGAACAUCUGUCAAGUGCACGGGAUGCCGAAAAUUAUGGGCAUCUUGACUCAUUUGGAUACGAUAAAAACGGCAAAGGCCGUUAAGAUGCAGAAGAAAGUUCUGAAACAUCGGUUCUGGACGGAGGUAUACGACGGGGCAAAACUGUUCUAUUUAUCCGGUUUGAUCCAUGGAGAGUAUGUACGGAAUGAAAUCAAAAACCUAGGAAGGUUCAUAUCAGUGAUGAAAUUCCGUCCACUUUCAUGGAGAGGAGCUCACAGCUACAUCUUGGCCGAUCGCUUGGAGGAUAUAACGAAUUCCGAGCAAAUUCGGUUGAACCCAAAGUGCGACCGCGAUGUAGUCUUGUACGGCUACGUGCGAGGCGUUCCUUUGAAGAAGGAGAACAUGGUUCACGUUGCUGGUCUGGGUGAUAUGAAAAUUGAAGAAUUAAAUUCCCUACCGGAUCCGUGUCCGUUACCGUCAACCGAGAAGAAACGUAAUCUACUAGAAAAGGAGCGACUUCUGUAUGCUCCAAUGUCCGGCGUGGGUGGAAUUGUGUACGACAAGGAUGCAGUCUACAUCGAGUUGCAAGGAUCGCAUAGCCAUAAGAAAGCGGUUGAAAACAGUGAGCAACAAGAGCUGGUCAAAUCGGUUAUUGAAAAGAAGGAAACGUUGGAUAUGCAGAUCGAUAACCAAGAGUUCAGGCUGUUCAGCGAUGGUGAUGUCAUCAAGUCGAGGGAAUUUCAAGUCGAUGAUCAAAACGAAGAUGCUAGCGACAAUGAGGAUGACGACAGUGAACAAGACUCUGGUGUCGAAGAUUCUGAUGCUGAAACUGGCGGUCCUUCUCGAGUGGCAAGAACUGGUUGGACUCCAGACGAUAGUUAUCAAUCGGAGGAUGAAAACGACGAAGAUGAUGAGGAUGACGAUGAAGACGACGAUGCGGAAGAUGAUUUUGUAACAAAAAGGUCCAGUGGAUUCCUUUCGUCGGAUGAGGAAGGUGAAAGUGAGGUGGCGUCAAAUUCAAUGGCAUGGAAAGCAGGGCUGGCAUCCAAAGCUAGAAAUGAUUAUUUGGAGCGACAGGCCACUAGUAAAAAUUUGAUGAAAAUUGUUUAUGGAGUUUUCAGUAAGUUCAAGAAAAAUCAGGAGCAAGAGGAAUUAGAAGAGAACGAUGAUGACGAUCUACUUGGUGGACUGUUUAAGAGUAUGGCGCAGAAACAGGCCGAAAUACUAAAGAAGAAAACCAUUCAAGAUGUGGAUGAGGGCUGCUUCUUCGAAGAAUAUGCCGAUGGAGUUAGGGAUUGGACUGAGGAAGAUAACAAAAAGUUGAUAAGAAACUGCUUCGUAACCGGAAAGUGGAAAGGAUCUGAGGAUGCAGAAGAACUUCUAAAAUUGGAUGAUAUGAGUGACGGAGAUACCGAAGUUUACGGAGACUUUGAAGAUUUGGAAACGGGUGAGAAACAUGUUGGUCAACGUAGUAAAAAUGAAACUGGUGAUGUUGAAGAAAAGACGGCAAACGAGGCGGAAGAUCAAAAUCCUUUGAAAAGGAAAUUAUCGAGAAUUGAAGAAAAGAACAUGUCCAGAACUGAACUGAUGGCUAAAAAGAUGAAACUCAAAGCAAAGUUUGAUUCUGAAUAUGAUAAUCCAGAGAAAGAUGACCAGCAUAUAGAAGGAGAUCAUCAGUAUUAUGAAAAAUUGAAAGCGGAUGCAUUACGACAAUCCGAAUUGAAUAAAAAGGAAUUCUCGAAUCUGGAUGACGAGAUACGAUUGAAUAUUGAAGGAUACAGAGCGGGUCUGUAUGUUAGACUCAACUUCAAGAACGUCCCCAGUGAGUUUGUAGAAUAUUUCGAUGCUCAGUAUCCAGUACUGAUAGGUGGGCUAAACAUGGCUGAGGAAAAUGUGGGUUACGUCACCUGUAAAGUGAAGAAACAUCGAUGGUAUAAGAAAAUCCUGAAAGCGGGGGAUCCAUUGAUAAUCUCACUCGGUUGGCGACGUUUCCAGACUAUACCGAUGUUUGCCAAGGUUGAAGACGACCUUAAACAUCGGUACUUGAAGUACACUCCAAACCAUGUAACCUGUAGCGCAACUUUUUGGGGACCAAUUACUCCCCAAAACACGGGUCUUCUUGCGAUUCAAUCAAUUGCCUACGAUCAGCAAGAAACAAAGAAACUCGGAUUCAGAGUAGCCGCCACCGGGGCAGUUAGCGAAAGCGAUAAGUCUGCCCAAAUAAUGAAAAAGCUUAAACUUAUUGGAACACCAUACAAAAUUUACCAGAAAACAGCGUUUAUUAAAGGAAUGUUCAACUCAACUCUGGAAGUUGCCAAAUUCGAAGGGGCAAAAAUCAAAACCGUAUCCGGAAUCCGGGGUCAAAUUAAGAAGGCAGUUCCACCAGAAGGCAGCUACCGUGCCACAUUCGAAGAUAGGAUAGUGUUAAGUGAUAUAGUCUUUUGCCGUACCUGGUUCAAAGUUAACGUGCCGAACUUUUAUGCACCUGUUACGAAUCUUUUGUUGCCACCGGAGAAGAAGAUCAAAUGGAUUGGCAUGAAAACGUUGUCGCAGUUAAAACGAGAUAAUAAUAUCCAGUUCGAAGCCAAGGAGGAUAGUUCGUACAAGCCAAUCGAGAGAGAAGAAUUGAAGUUCCGCCCGUUGGUAAUUCCCAAGAGUUUGCAGAAGGCACUGCCUUACAAGGAUAAACCUAAACUCGGACCGAUCAAUCCGAAGAAACCAUUGACAAGCGGCCGCGUUGCUGUUGUUUACUCACCUCACGAGCAAAAGGUUUCCAAAAUGAUGAAAAUGAUUAAAACAAAUUUUAAAAAUAAGGAACAGAAACAAAAACAACUAUCCAAACAAAAAUCGCAAAAGUACAAGAAGCAGAAAAUCGACACUGAUUUCAAAAAGCUACAACGCCAGAAGGAACUGAAGAAAAAAGUCUUCAAAGCGAUCAGCAAGAUGGAAGCUAAACAUCAGAAUGGUGCCGCCAAAGGUGAAACCCGAAAUAAGUGACUUACAUGUAAUUUCAAAGUUGCUAUCUAUAAAAGGUUGUUUAUAACUUAAAUACAAAAGUCAUGAAUACAUUUUUCAA